AGAUUUAGAAGCAAAAUGGCCGAUAGUUCAAGAAUCAUUGGAAAGAUCAGCGUCGUAGCAACACUUUACAGGAAUUCAGAGGCUAGUUUGUAAGUCUAAGCGAUAUAAAGGUCAGUAAUACAAAGGAGAGAUUGAACCUCGGGUAUUCGAACCUUGACGGCACUAAAGACAAAGCACGAUAGCGGAUUCCUCUAAGCUUUCGUUGUUGUUCGAAUUGACAGCUGAUUUCGUUUCAAAAUGUCGGUGAACUACGCUGCCGGUCUGUCUGAUUAUCCACACAAAGGGAAGUGCGGAUUACCUGAGGUAAGAAUCGUUUAACAAUGAUGUUUAGUAACAAUGAUUUUGUUUAAUUUAAUGUGCUUUGUCUGACGAAAUAUCAGAUAUACACUCGUAUAGGACUAGGUAAGCUGCCGCCGGUAAUUUCUACAUUAAACACUUAAGAUUAGAAAUACAAAAGUCUUCCUUUUCAAAAUUUGGAGCCACACUGUAGAAUGCAAAACCAACACAUUAUAAACAGCUUAAAUACGUCAAUUUCAAAAAACGAUUGCAUGAGACUCUCAAGCAGAUCCUAAAGGACCAAGACGAAUUUCUUGAACCGGUCAACAUUCUACAACUGACUUUCUCUUAGUGUUAAUCAUUUUGCUUGUAAAGCUAGCAUGCAUACAUAUACUUAAUUUUUACCCUUUUUUAUGUAAUUGAUUGUGCUUUAUUGUCUUACCUAAUUAAUCUUCCUUUUUCUUAUGACAUUUUUUUUUCUUAACAUGAUAUUUUACGAAUCUACCGAUUUUUUUUUUUCACAACCCGCCUCAAAUAGCCUUUGCCACUUGCGAGUUGUCUUUUAAUUAGUUUUGUAAGGGACUGAUUGUUUACCGGUAUUGUGUCCCACAGGCGGAGUGGAGGGGUUGGAGGGGGGGUACAAUUUUUUCUAAUGAUUAAACUGCACAAAUAUUUAUCUACAAAGGGAAACCGAACCGACACUAAUUUUGUAGUUGUAAGAGAAACGAUCAUUUUUUAUAUUUCCCCCUAGGCCUAAAUAUUACCAUGCAAGCUGUUUUAUAAUUUCAAAAAAGUAUGCCUCAUGACACUUCAAACUUUUAUAUAGCAGGUUCGUAAAGCCACAGGAGUCUGAGAACUGACUCUUCUCCGAACAUUUAUACUUGUGAUAGCACCUUAGUUUCAAGAAAAUAAUCCUUUCAACAGGAAGAGACCAAGAAACUGUCAAAUGUUGGAAAAAAGGAAGCUAUUCCUAUGCAAAAUACGCAUGAUUUGCUCGUUGGCACUCUAUCGAUAGUUACACCUAGUCUUAUUUCCAGCGUGUUGCGUUAUUUGACCCCGAUGCGUUUAGGCUUGUGACAAGGUUCAUUGCGUAUGCAAAUUUUUUUUCGUGGAACUUCACAACAAAAGAUGAAACAUGUGAAGUUCAUUUUCAAGAAGGAGAUUAUGAAUUAAACCUGGAGUGUUUAUUCGCGAUAUAACAGCUACGGUUUCAUGACAUUAUUAUAAAGAGUUAGUUACACCUAUUGUACGCAUAUUUCGGAAAUAUUUUUGAGAUAUCAUCGUUAUGAAAAAAAAAAACGAAACGACCGAAUCAAGCGAAACCUCCGAAACGAUUUCGCUUGAUUUGCUCUUCGUUUUGGUUUUGGUUUUGGUCGUUUUGGUGCUUUCGCUCGUUUUGUUCCGAUGGUUUCAUUUUGUUGUUUCGGGUUUUAGCUGAGGGCAAACGAGAAGCGAACAAAUGAAUAAAGUUCAUCAGAUAUGGCUUUUCAGACAGUAUUCCAGUUACAUUUUACCAAGAGACUUCAAGUUAUUAUGCUCCAUGUUUACUAUCCGUUUAGCGUUCUAAGUAACUGUUUUUCCUGGAACGAUCUUGCCGACUCAUCCGUUUUCAAACGUUUCCAGCUGUCCGUUUGUGGACUUGGGUCAAUCGUUUAACGGUUUAAGCUAUCCGUUUUGGGAUUUUGGUCAACCGUUUAACGUUUCAAGCUAACCGUUUAUAUUUUUGGUCAACCGUUUAACGCUUCAAGCUAUCCGUUUUUGGACUUUAGGCAACCGUUUAAAUUUUUUGCUAUCCAUUUAAAGAGUUAUGGAAACCAUUUAAACGCUUGAGUUAACCGUUUACUAUCCGUUUAGAACCGUUUUUCUUGACCGUUGAACGGAAAAGCGUUAGUGUCCAUUUUCCCAAAGAGGGUCACAAAUUUUGUUUAAUUUCCUGAGAGCAUUUUAUCAUUACAUCGGGAUGAAUAAUUAUUUCACUUUGUAUUGGUGUUUUUGUGUCAGGAUUUCCUUUAUCCUCUUACUGAUUACAUUGUAAGUGGAGUGAAGUGGAUCCAAAUGUGAAGCCACAGACCUUGGUUGAGACUUUGACCAAGCCAAGUACAAUUCUAUCCCAGAGUAUAAUGUAGCUCACAUAACUUUGUUGACUUAUCCUUGUUAACAUGCACAGCUGAGUGUAGCUUCAGUGGUAUGAAGAGACAGUCUGCAAACUCCUUUACGAAGGACCAUGACAGACGAGAGACUGAGCCCUCUUGCAAUUCUGCACAUACACAAGCUCAAGGCAAAAACUGAUGUUGAUAGCAUUUUAUAAAAUAACUGAGAUAGUUUGCGCGUUCUGAUUGGUUAAAAACCUUUAGUUUAUUGUGCCGGUAAACUCAUAAAAAACAUGAAGUUAUUUUAUAAAAGCAAUAGACCACGCUUUCUAUGGGUUCACUGGCAUGAUAACACACUGGGGAUGUUGGGAGAACACGAGAAAAGCCUGUAAAUCACUCAUCGUGGGCUCGUGAUUUACAAGCUUUUCUUCAUGUUCUCCCAACAUCCUGCGAGGGUUAUUAUGCCAGUAAACCCAUAGAAAGUGUGUUCUGUUGCUUAAAUAACGUCAGCAUUACAGCUGUAGCAUUAAAAGCUAAACAAACAGGACAAAGUCUUGAAAUUCACUUCUGUGACUUCCGCUGCAGAGCAGUCGAAGUUUCUCAUCUGAAAAUGGCGUCAAAUGAAUUUAAUAGUCUUCGAAAAACCUUCAAUAUUAAAAUCAUGACUUUUCCUUCAGCAUUAGAAACUUUUGGUUGCUACUGCAUGAAGUAAAAACUGAUAAAAAGUCAGGUUUCAUACAUUGUGUAUUACAUGUGACAUCAGUAUGCCAUUAACUUUUGCAAGUUUGUAGCGUUUUCUAUCUUACUAUGAACACGAACGGUACACUCAGAGGUUUCUUUUACCAUUUAUUCAGCGUUAUCUACGCCUCCCUACUUUUUGCCGUCUGUUUUGUGGAAACUUUUGAAAGGCUCGCAAAACAUUCCAGUUGUUGAAAAUGAUUCACAGGGGCUAUUCAAGAUCAUAUUUGAAUCUCUUUUUAAUUUACGCCGGCACGUGAGAUACAUGUAGAUACAAACCUUCACAAAUUUAAAAACAGUUGUGAUAGUUCAAAAGAUAGACUUGAUACAAAAAUGCUGAGUCAAUUUUCCAAACUUCAAGAUAAAACCCGUUUUGUCCUUUUUUAUCACCUAAAAACUUAAACUUAACUUCGCUUAAAUGGUGGACACAAGUGUAUGUAGUUGGUGGGUGCAUUCGCUGUACGUGUGAAUGGUCAUUGUUAUGUUUCUUGAGAAAUAAAUCAUUUCUCGAUAUCCUUUCAAGUGGUGACUAUGAAAAAAUCUGGUUUCUCGAAACUCGAGACUCGGUUUACCCGUUUCGAAACUCGAUUCGUUCGAGGCUCAAGUAUUGUUCCAGUGUUGUCUCUUAUCUAGGAAGAUUGAAGGGCCUCUUCUCGUAGGGUAUAAAUUGAUAAACAACAACUUCUUCAAAGAACAAUCUUUCCAGCAAUACCUCUUUUUGGAUAUUCUGACCAAUCCUGUCAGAGUUACACUCACCAAAAAGGUAUCAUUUUGAGGAAAAAUUCACUGCUAAUUUCGCUGUCUACAUACUACUCUUUAAAGAUUCAGUUUUGCCCCUUUCCUAAGAAGUUAGCCAGCCACAAUUCCAGGCAAAAGAAGGACAAUAAAGUGGGCAACAAGACUGUUAAUAAACAAGAAAGGCAAAGGGAAAAAAGAGAGCAAGAGAGAAAGAACAGAUAAAUAGAUUCGCAAAAAAAGGGUCCAAAUUUUGGCUUUUGUGCAUGCGUGAAAAACAAAAAGGCUGAGUGUUUAAUUACGUCAGAUUAGUCGAAAAAUAUGCCUUUUUCUUGCAAAACUUGUUUUUAGCCUUUUAUAUGCUAAUUAGCAGAAAACUAGUCCAAAGAAGAGGAAUUUGUAAAAAAUACAGUUUUUUGCUACUUGCCGGCCAUCACCAAAGCAUCAAUAAAGUUACUAAUCUUUUUUAAUUGGGCUCCUAGAAAUGCAGCUCAGGCUCCUAACUUUUUUCUGAUUGUAAUAAACAAUCAGUCCCCAACAAGGUUUUUGAAAUAUAAUAAAGUUGCUUUUUUUGCGUUUUAUUGUUUUUCAAUCUGUAGGUUUUUGACUCUCCUGAGCAGCUGGAUGUAAAAAUGGCAGAUUUGAUACAGCUUUUUCGUGAAUCGAAAUACAUUUUGAUUCACACAGGUGCGGGUGUUAGCACUGCAGCUGGUAUUCCUGAUUUCAGGGGACCAAAAGGUGUUUGGACUUUGGAAGAAAAAGGAUUAGCUCCUCAGAUGGACACUACAUUAUUUUGA